AUGCCUCAGAGGAAGCCACCAAAGGAGAAUCAAUUUGUCCGGCACCUAUCUAUGGAUCUUAUCCUUAGAGGUGAAAGACAGUACAAAAAGGUUAUUGGGUCCAUAGCUGAGACUUUGACCUUCAGCCUGGGGUUGCUGCUGCUCUGGUCGUCGCUCGCGCCCCGCGCGGAGGAGCCCAGCCCGGGCGGCCGGAUUCGGGAUAACAAAGAAGCCAGCAAUCUUGUGCCAAACAAUGGAGAUCAUGAUUCGAUUGCUAGAAAUGACAAAUUCAAGCCUGUGUUACCUUGGCCUCAUGUUGAAGGUGUGGAAGUAGACUUAGAGUCAAUUCGACGAAGGAAUAAGGCCAAAAAUGAAGGGAAUCCUCUUGCUGGAGUCAAUAACGAUCAACAAAACAUCAUGAAGCGGCAAUAUCUUACAUUUAAGCCACAGUCAUUUACUUACCAUGAUCCUGUAUUGCAUUCUGGAAUUCUUGGUAAUUUUGAACCCAAACAACCUGAACCCCAUGGAGUUGUAGGUGGCCCUGGUGAGGAAGCCAAGCCAUAUGUUUUGGGACCAGAGUAUAAAGAAUCUGUUCAAGCCAGCAUUAAAGAAUUUGGGUUUAACAUGGUAGCAAGUGAUAUGAUCUCAUUAGAUCGAAGCAUUAAUGACUUGCGUCAAGAAGAAUGCAAGUUCUGGCACUAUGAUGAAAACCUACUCACCUCCAGUGUUAUCAUUGUCUUCCAUAAUGAAGGAUGGUCUACACUUAUGAGGACAGUUCACAGUGUAAUUAAAAGAACUCCAAGGAAGUAUCUGGCUGAAAUUGUUUUGAUUGAUGAUUUUAGUAAUAAAGCACACUUAAAAGAGAGACUAGAGGAUUAUAUUAAGCAGUGGAAUGGCCUUGUAAAGAUUUUUCGAAAUGAGAGGAGAGAAGGUUUAAUUCAAGCUAGAAGCAUUGGAGCCCAGAAGGCUAAACUUGGACAGGUUUUAAUUUACCUUGAUGCCCAUUGCGAGGUGGCAGUAAAUUGGUAUGCACCACUAAUAGCUCCCAUAUCUAAAGACAGAACUACAUGCACUGUGCCUCUAAUAGAUUACAUAGAUGGGAAUGACUAUUCCAUUGAACCACAGCAAGGUGGGGAUGAAGAUGGUUUUGCCAGAGGGGCCUGGGACUGGAGCUUGCUAUGGAAACGUAUUCCAUUAAGCCACAAGGAAAAGGCAAAAAGAAAAUGUAAAACUGAGCCAUAUCGAUCACCUGCAAUGGCUGGUGGACUAUUUGCCAUUGAACGUGAUUUUUUUUUUGAACUGGGUCUCUAUGAUCCAGGUCUACAAAUUUGGGGUGGUGAAAACUUUGAAAUAUCUUACAAGAUUUGGCAGUGUGGAGGGAAGCUGCUGUUUGUCCCUUGUUCUCGUGUUGGACACAUUUAUCGUCUCCAGGGAUGGCAAGGAAAUCCACCUCCAGCAUAUGUUGGAUCAUCUCCUACUCUAAAGAACUAUGUCCGUGUUGUGGAGGUCUGGUGGGAUGAAUACAAAGAUUACUUCUAUGCUAGUCGCCCUGAGACAAAAGCGCUAGCCUAUGGUGACAUAUCUGACCUAAAGAAAUUUCGUGAAGAUCACAGAUGUAAAAGCUUUAAAUGGUUCAUGGAAGAGAUUGCUUAUGAUAUUACUUCUCACUAUCCUUUACCACCUAAAAAUGUGGAGUGGGGAGAGAUUAGAGGCCUUGAAACUGCAUACUGCAUAGAUAGUAUGGGGCAUACCAAUGGGGGAUUUGUGGAACUUGGACCAUGCCACAGAAUGGGAGGAAACCAACUCUUCAGAAUUAAUGAAGCUAACCAGCUCAUGCAGUAUGACCAGUGCUUGACGAGAGGGCCUGACGGAUCAAAAGUUAUGAUUACACACUGCAAUCUAAAUGAAUACAAGGAGUGGCAAUACUUCAAGAAUUUACAUAGAUUUACCCACAUCCCUUCAGGGAAGUGUUUGGACCGUUCUGAGGUUUUACACCAAGUGUUUGUUUCAGAGUGUGACUCCAGUAAAACAACACAGAAUUGGGAAAUGAACAAUAUUCUUAGUGUGUAGACAAAAUGGCCUGAUGCUACCUACUGACAACUUUAAUACAAAUAGGACUGAAGAUAACCUGAAAACUGCUGCAACUAUUAACUUUGUACAGCUGCGAGCCUGGAACCUCCUGAUCUGGAUGAAGGACAUAGAUGGACUGUGAUAGAUAUAUCAUCUGCAGUUAAUGUUUACAAAAACUGCUCUUACCUUAAACUUCAAUAGAUGUUUACAUCUCUUUUUGGUUUUUUGUUGUUGUAGGAUGUUCUUUUUUAAAAAUAUGUUUGAGUUGAUUGUUUGCGUGCUUUUAACUCUGUUUCUGUCAUACUGGAAUAAAGUUAAAAGUGCUGGGAUGGAUCCAAAGUGGCGCGAGGUUGCUUCUGCUCAUGCAAGUUUUGGCUCCUUCCACUGGCAGCCCCCCCCCCCGAAAAAGCCCUUCCUGAAGGACAUUCUGGAAUGGCUGUUUGACUGGUGUAAAGGGCUGGGAAGUGGCAAUUUCUUGUUUGAGUGUGUAAGUGCCUUACGCUUGUGCACAAGCAGGGGAAUUGGAUCCAGGUUUUUAAUGUUGUCUUGGGAUUAUACUCAGGGGUCUGCAGGCAGUUUUUUUUCCUUCAACAUUCACACUUGAAAAAGGCUGGAGUAACCAGACUUUGUCAUAACUUGGUGAUUAUCAACCCGUUGUACAUUGUUUUUACAUCUUAUCAAGCACUGCCACAGGUUUUCAGCCAGGGUGGCCUUCUUUCACAGUCAUGCUGCUUUUUUGAAAGAUGAAUUUUCAAUGUAUUUAGUGCCUCCUUAAUUUUUCCUUCUUGUCACAAAAACAGCAUUUCUCAUAGUAUGAGUAUGUUGAAAUGUCUCCUUUCUGGGGGGGAAAGAUGGCCCUCUUGGCUAUUAAGUACUUUAAUCUAUACUAAGGUAACAAGCUGAGGCAUAAGGCAUGUCAGAAAUGCUGCAUGAGGGCUCAAAAUAAUGCUGGUAACAUUUCAUAGGAAUCUUUGUAAAAGAAGGUUCUAGCUGAUAUAUAGGGUAGCACUUAAACCCAUGAACCACUUCUGUGAAAUAUUAAAGCAGCUCCAGUCUCCUAUUCUGCAAUAUCAAAUUGAAACUGAAAUUUAGCACUCUAUGAUGCAUUCACUGGAAGUCAGCACUUCAUACUACAGCUAAAAACACACAAGCCCUUACUUCCCUGCUGUAACAUGCCUUACAAUACCUGUGUAUGUCUCAAUCAAAAUAUGUCUAUAUCUGUACCAUAUAGGAGAGUAAAACUGAUCUGGUUCUUCACUUUUAUAGUGAUAAAUAGAAGUCAGUUAAAAAUGUAAUGUUGAAACAUUUCAAAAAUUUUCUGAGUCAUUUUACAAACUCUUGGCAUAUUAAGGAAUAUUAAAAACUAAGACCUAUAUAAAGAUUAAAAAUGGGCAGGUGAGAUACGAAAGUUGUUUUAUAAAGAAAUGACUUUAAAACAUUUCCGUUCAAGUAAUUUAAAAGGAUAUUUGAACCUUAAAUCUGAGGGCUUGAAACUUCCAUUGGUUUGGUCCCAUUACACAAUUGUGUCAUAACAUGAAAAAUAACAUUAAGGAUGAAAGAUAAAAAAAUAACAGAUGAUUAUUCUUUUUUUAAAAAGUUGAAUUUUAUUGUAAAAAUAAAAUGUUAACUUUUUGGAAAGAUAGUCAUUCAAAAACUUAAAAAAUACAUUGAAGACCUACUUCAAUAUGCAAUCCUAAAUUCAACAGAGAUCCCAGAUUUUACUGGAAUUAUUGUCAUGUAGUGGUCUCAGCAUGUCAUUGUGCACACCUAAAUUCUAGUGAACUGAAUUAGAUUGAUGUGACCAUGUAGAUUAUCAGGUCAAGAUUAAACUCAUAAAUGAUUUGAUUGCUGUUGCAAGUGAAUCUUAUUUUCCAUAGUAUAACUCCAUCACUUUCUCCAGUCCUAAAGUGAUGGAGAAGCUUUUUAUAAGGCCAGAUCUUGCUUGGCCUUAAAAGCAGACACAUGUAAUGUGAUUCGAACACACACACACACUGGCAUCAAUUGUUUCAACCUUCCUUUAAAAGGUGUUCAUUGUUAAAUUAGAAGACAGGAGGAAGAAACUGGGGGAAAAUAUAAUAUGGGUGUUGGGUACAUUUAUUAUUUGUAUUAAAAAUGAUUUUCAUUUUUCUUUCUUGGGCAAAUAUUAAUUUAAUCACAUUACUAUGCAUAUGUGAGGUUGCACAUAGAUUGUGCAGGUAUGUGUGUUAAAUGGGUGUUCCGUGCAAUUCCAUUAAAAUCCAAUACUGUGUGAAUAUGAAUCUGUAUUUUUAAAUUCCAAAUCUUACUAAAGAACACAAGCUGUUACUCCUAACUUUUCCUACUGUAAACUGCUUUUUAAAAAGUAGAUCCCAUAUUCUUGCUUUGUAAUUUGAUCACUAUGCAUUUCUACACAUUUUAUAAAUUUUGAUUUAUGCAGAUUUUGAUACACUGUAUGUUUCUGUAAAGAUUGUACAAAUCUUCAAUGAUUUUGCAAGGGAUAAACUGGGAACCUUAUGUAUAUCUUAAUUCUGGGUUGCUUGUUUUUUAGGUGAGGAAAAUAAAAUUUAACUUGUGGGUUUUACACAUUUGCACCAAAA